AAUGUGGUAUAGAAGAAUUUAAGCAGAAAAUAGAAGCUUACCUUACGUCCCUCAAGACCAUCGCUAAUACUCAGCAAGGCAAAAGGAGCGAACGAGCACAAGAGUUGCUUGAUAAUUAUAAAAAGGCAAGCUUAUUUUUGGGGGAGUUAAAAACAAAUAAAAAAUUUGGUGGCAAUGGCCAGCCGGGGCCAGAUUAUAAAUUGGCGCGAGAUUGGGAGAAAAAUCACAAUAAACCAGCCAAAGUCGGUGUUCACUUAAACAAUUCAACAAUUACGGCCAUCAACAGCAACAUUGGGAGUGAAAGUUACAUCAGUGGAACGGUAAAUGCCAGAGCUUUGCUUAGGAAAUUGCUUCAAAAAAGAAAAUCGGCGAAUGAAAGCCAGGCAGAACCGGAUGAGAAGAGUCUAAACCCAGCAAAAAUGUGGACCCUUGAAUCAUCUGGCCGUAUUGUUGAGAAGAUCAUUUAUGAACAUGCACGAACUUUAAAGCAUGAAUCUCAUUUACAUUCCUUUAUUCUUAACGAUGUCGAUAAGAAAGCACAAUCAUUAUUCCGAAAAGAAGAGUGGGAAGAAAUAUUCUCUUUAAACCUUAAAGUUGUACCGAAAAUCGAUAAAUCAAUUACUGAGCUCAUGAAAAAAUAUUCGGUAACUAAUUUACCCUCAUUUCGAAAAACCAUCUUCGAACCCUUUCUACCACCCGGCAUCUCAUACUCCAACGAGGAACAUUUUUACUUAAAUUAUAUUAACUAUGCAUAUCGUGCAAUACACACUCUUUGGGAAGAAAACGAAAACUUUACUAUGAAUCCAUCAUCAAGAUUGGAAGGGUGGUACCAACACAAUAUAUGGAGUCCCAUCAUUGACCCAGCGUUCCGUAAUUUUGAGAUUGAUCUUAUACGUGGGGAAGGCUCAAGUAUGGCAUCUAGUGAUAGAAAAAAUGAUGACACGGAUUGUGAGGAAGAUCGAAAGAAGAUCGGAAGGAAUGGAGAUAGGUUGGAAUUUGGGGCUAUUGAGGCCGGAAAGAAAUGGGAAGGAAAAAACGGAAAAAAAUACAUUACUGACAGCUUGAAACUUAGUAAGAUGCUCAGGGAUAUGCUAGUGCAACUUGCAAAAGAAUGUAAUAAUGAUGAACAAAUUGUUAGGAAAUUACAGACCGUUGGGAUGUUACAUAGUGCCAAUCGAUUUCAACUCCUUACUUUGGAUGCUCCAAAGGGAUAUAUUUGUCGAAUUCGACGUUUUGACUUUCACGAAGUUGCUAGUCAUAUAAAUAAUCCACCAUUAGCAUUUGUGCUAAAAGACAUUUUAAGAGCAAAGGCAAUUAUUAAACAGACAUUAGAAUUAGUGCAAGAAAAGAAAUCUGAUCUUGAUGAUCUCGAUGAUUUUGAUGACGAUGGGAGGGAAUUUAAUAGAUCAGAACGGUGUACAACUCCUCCAACAAUUACUUUAAACAAAACCCACAAGACUCCGGAAAAAAAACAGUACUAUAGAUGUAAUGAGAAAACAGGAUAG